GGAAGUGCCUAAAGGCCCGAAGAUUCUGCCUUCGCAGCAGCUGGGGGCUGCGGUCGCUCCAUGGCCGGGCGCCACCGGCCUCCUAGCCUCUGUCACCGCUGACGACAUGGCACACAAAGGCCACAGUGGUGUGAAUCAGCUCGGUGGCGUGUUCGUCGGUGGUAGACCGCUCCCGGACUCGACCAGGCAAAAGAUAGUCGAACUGGCGCAUUCUGGCGCGAGGCCGUGUGACAUUUCCAGGAUUCUGCAGGUCAGCAACGGCUGUGUCUCGAAGAUUCUUGGAAGGUUGGUUGAAAUACUGCUCACAUUCGCUUUAUCAGAUUUAACGCACUGCUGA